CUAUAAUAUUUCCUUCUUACCCCCCUUUCUUCCUGGAAUGCACAGGUUUGACAGCUGUUUGUCAGUCUAGUGCUUUGAUAAUCCUAAUCAAAAUGGGCAGCAGAGCAUCUAUUCAGCUUCAGGAAGCGGAAUUAAACGAAAUACAAUCGGAGACUGGAUUUUCCCACAAUCAAAUAGUACGCUUAUACAGUAGAUUUACAAGUUUGGAUAAAGGAGCAAUUGGAUGCCUAAGUCGAGAAGAUUUCCUCAGAAUACCAGAGUUAGCUAUUAAUCCACUAGGAGACAGAAUUGUGCAUGCAUUUUUUACUGAGAGUAACAAUGAGACAGUGAACUUUAGACAGUUCAUGCGAGUGUUGGCAAGGUUCCGUCCCACAAAAUCAAACCAGAACAAAAAUAAACUAAACACAAGAGAGGAAAAGCUGAAAUUUGCUUUCCGGAUGUACGAUUUGGAUGGAGAUGACAAGAUAUCUAAGGAUGAGCUAUUGUCAGUGCUGCACAUGAUGGUGGGGGCUAACAUUUCAGAGGAACAGCUGGGCAGCAUCGCGGACAGGACAAUCAGUGAGGCUGACACAGACGGAGACAACCAGAUCUCAUUCGAGGAGUUUGUACAGGCGAUGGAGAGAGUGGAUGUGGAGCAGAAGAUGAGCAUCCGUUUCCUGCACUGAUUCUGCACUUUCUGUAUUACUCCCAGACUCUACUCCUCCUGCUGAGGUUGACACAAACUACACACUUCUCCAUUGUCAUGCAGAUAAACUUUCAGGUUUUCUUACACCUGUCAAUGUUUUGGUUUUUAUCGUACAAACUUGCUUUGUUUUAUUGUUAUGAGUGGCUUAUUCAAGCUUUAUUGCUACGGGUCAGAAUUUCAUGCCAAUUUAAUAUAAAAUAAUUCAUACUUGUUAAAUCCAUUUGUCUUUUAUUGAUAUAAACUUAACAUCCCCUGUCUCCUUGCCCUACCAUUCUCUAACGAUAGCUACACUUUACACUAAGGAUAAUGAUAGCUACACUGUAUACUAAAGAUAACGAUAGCUAACCUGUUCACUAAGGAUUACGAUAGCUACACUUUACACUAAGGAUAACAAUAGCUACACUUUACACUAAGGAUAGCAAAAGCUACACUGUACACUAAGGAUAACGAUAGUUACACUGUGUAGAGGAUAAAGAUAGCUACACUGUUCACUAAGGAUAAUAAUAGCUACACUUUACACUAAGGAUAACAAUAGCUACACUUUACACUAAGGAUAACAAUAGCUACACUUUACACUAAUGAUAACAAUAGCUACACUGUACACUAAGGGUAACAAUAGCUACACUGUACACUAAGGGUAACAAUAUUUACAUUGUAUACUAAGCUUAUUGUUCACUUUAUAUCUUUGGUGAAAUCCAUGAAGAAUAAGAACCUUGUUGAAAUGCUUGUGAUAACUAUGCUAGUUUAAUUGUUUAUUUGUUAGGAAAUUAUGGCAGAUAAAUGUAACAAGUAUGUAUAAAAGACAGGCAUGAUAGACCAAGAAAGUCAGAAUUCAAAUGUUAAAUGUCUGUUGUACAAAGACCUGAUAAAAUUCUCCAGAAAACAAAACCUAAUUUUGUUAUCCCUGACAAAAGUUUAUGUUAACAUUUUCUUAAACUAUUUUUGUUGAUUUGAAUAUUGAGAAUUAAGAUUGUAAUUGCAGAUGUACUUAUUGAUAUGGAUUUUUCAGGGUACCUUGUUCGAUGAAGUAUUUUGAUAUUUUUUGAAAUCCUCUCAAGAUUUGGUUGAUUGUCUAGUACAUAUAUACAUACAUUGUGUGUAUAAUUGAUUAUACGAAAUUCUGAUAGUUAUAGAUAAUUAGUUAUUUCCUGACACAUACAAAGACAUAACUUAUCCUUCUCUUCUCUAUAAGUUAAACAGACUACAAUCAGCCAUUUAUAUAAAGAAUUCUUAAAUUCUGUCUUCCUAGGGAGUAGUGAGGAUUAAAUAUCCAUAAGCAAUAUCAGAAGAAUGUGUAUUGUACUUGAUGUGUUGUGAUUUUUGUAAGAAAUCAUCCAUUACGUGAAUUCUGUAUCAGUAAUAGUUUGAAACUGGCUACUGGUUACAUGAACAAUUACCUGUGGACAUGUAUAUAUGUAGCUGAUGUAAGGUAUUACAUAAUUAUGUACAUGGCAUUCAGCCACAGGGAAAUCUUGUCAGUCAUGGGUGCGCUUACCUGUGGGCAUCAGGUGAUGCAAGGUGCUAUAAUGCAGGCACGAGUACUGUAUUAAUAUGUCUCAGAUAAUUUCCACUUCAUACUUACUGUAUAGCAGGAAAAUAACUUGCGGAGUUUAUUUUCGUUGAUUUGCUGCAAAUGAAAAAAUCGCUAUCUUUUCCAACCGCGAUUUUAAGCUGCUAUACUGCACUUAAUUUUUUAACAUACACUGUAGGUAGAUGUUGCUUUUUCUUUUUGUAUACUCAAGAGUGAAUAUUUUUUGAUUGAUGAUCAUGUGAUAGAUUAUUCACUGUUAUAAUAAUUAUGUAACAAUUAUUUAUUGAUUUUUCAUGUAAUGCCAUAAAUAAGUAUAGGAAUGAUUGUUGUUUUGAAUGGAUUGAAAAUAAUGAAGGCAAGCACUAUGAUUGAAAUAAAAUUGUCAAAAUCUG